GUUGAUCCCACUGUUCUCCAUCUCCCCCCACUGUCCACGUUCUCAAUGCAUUUGGGGAUUUUGCAGAGGAGGGUUGGCAGCUCUGCACAUGCUCAGUUUUCAAUGAGUUUCUAUGUUGAGCAUUUCCUCCCCAUCCCAUCUGAGCAGCCCAUGUGACUAUAGAGUCACACAUGUGGGCAUAUACAUACAUUGGUAAAUGACAGCCCACUCUCUCCCUCUUCCUCCAUCGCUGGGCCAGACACUGAUAGAAGUCACAGGACGCUAUAUACUGAUGAUGAGAAAAGGCAUUUGGCAGUUUAUAUUUACUAA